AUGAGUCGGCGUGCCAUUCUCCAGCGCCCACUGCCAUUGCUGUCACCGCGGCCUACCCAUGGCUCCCGCACGUUUUGCGCUUCUGCGCGCGUCCACAACGAUCCGCGGAUACCCGGCGUAGGAAGAGAAAUAGUCGACGACUUUGCGCAACUACGAGAACAUUAUGCCACGCCCAAGUACCCCAUCGUGCUCGCCCACGGCCUCUUUGGCUUCUCCGAGCUGCGUCUCGUCCCGCGGCUGCCCGCGCUGCACUACUGGCACGGGAUCCAAGACGCUCUGCAAGCCAACGGCGCGACCGUCUUCACGACCUCUGUGCCGCCGUCGAGCUCCAUCGCCGUGCGCGCCGCCAUGCUCGCCGAGGGCAUCGCGGCCGCCCAGCGCGGCGGCGGCGGCGGCGGCGGGGCCUGCUCGCCCGUCAACAUCAUCGCGCACAGCAUGGGCGGGCUCGACGCGCGGUACAUGAUUUCGCAUCUGCUCGCGCAGUCGCCGCUGCGCGUGGCCUCGCUGACGACCGUUGCGACGCCGCACCGCGGCAGCCCCGUCGCCGACUUUCUGCUGGACCCGGCGUCGCCGGUCCAGCUGCCACGGCUGUACCGGCUGCUGGCCCGCGCGGGGCUCGGCACCGAGGCCUUUGCGCAGCUCACGACGCGGUACAUGACGGGCACGUUCAACCCGGCCACGCCCGACGCACACGGCGUGCGCUACUUCUCGUACGGCGCCGACGUGGCGCCGACCCCGCCCUCGCUGCUCAGCGUCUUCCGCCUGCCGUACCGGGUCGUGCGCGACGCCGAGGGCCCCAAUGACGGCCUCGUCAGCGUCGCCAGCAGCCGCUGGGGCGACUACCGCGGCACGCUCGUCGGCGUGAGCCACCUGGACCUCAUCAACUGGACGAAUCGUGUGCGCUGGGCGCUGCGCGCCUUGGUGGGCAGGAAGAGGACGUUUAAUGCCGUGGCGUUUUACUUGGACAUGGCCGACAUGCUUGCCAGGGAGGGCCUGUGA